ACUCCAUGAAUGAAUGAUACUUCAGUUUGGUAGCCAUGAUUUUAUUGGAGUGUUCUUGUUUCACUUUCAACAAGCCUCGACCUCUCCGUCCCCACUCCAAUUCAUCUUCAACAUUUUCCUCUCUCAUAAUCAAUGGAGGAGGCCAUAGAAUAAGAACAACCAAAAGGGUGCAAUGUUUACGAAGCUGUGACCUUAUAGAUUUUCAUCAAGACUUGAUCCCUUAUGAAGUGGCAUGGUCUUUACAGAAAAACAUUGUUAAAGAAAAGAAAUCACAGAUUCAAAAUGAAGGAGAUUGCAAUGACACUCUUAUUGUUUUACAACACCCUUCUGUUUUCACAUUGGGUACUGCUAGUUCCAACAACAACCUUAAUUUUGACAUUAAAAAUCCACCCUUUGAUAUUCAUCGUACUGAACGUGGUGGAGAAGUUACAUACCAUGGUCCUGGCCAGUUAGUGAUGUAUCCAAUUAUGAACCUCCGGAAACAUAAGAUGGAUCUUCAUUGGUAUCUAAGGACACUUGAAGAGGUUGUUAUUCGUGUUCUGUCUUCAACCUUUUCAAUUCAGGCUUCAAGGAUGGAAGGUUUAACUGGUGUUUGGGUUGGAAAUGAGAAAGUGGCAGCUAUAGGUAUAAGAGUGGAUCAAUGGAUUACCUAUCAUGGUUUAGCACUCAAUGUCAUGACGGAUUUGAGUCCCUUUAAAUGGAUCGUCCCAUGCGGAAUACACGGCCGUCAAGUUGGGAGUAUCAAAGGGUUGCUGAAAGAAGCACAAUUAUCAUGUAAUGAUCAUGAAACAGCUGAUUUGUAUCAUUUGGAUGGUGCCAGUCUUAGUCAUAUUACUCAUAAGUCCUUAAUUGAAGAGUUCUCAAAAGUGUUUCAGCUUAAGUACAAUCAUAAAAUUAUUUCUGUACCAAUGCUGUGUGAAAGUGCACGAAAAUAAGUUAUCCUACCAAGAAACAGCAAACUUGAAUUUUUGUAAUGCACAUAGACACAUAGUUUAUUUAGUAUAUGGCCAGAUUAAAGACAAUCUUGCAAUCGAACACACUUGCUACUCUAUCUUGUAUUCUAGGAUAUCAAUUGUUUGUGAAUAAUAGGCUAUAUUACUCUAUUUUGCAAUCAAACAUACGGAAUUUGAAUAAAAAAAAUUCAACUUUAAUGAUGAGAACACUGGUGAAGUUGAGGAUGAAAAUGAUGUUGAUGAUCUUUCUGUGUUGGAAACUGCAAAGUUUGGUGAUAUUAACCUUCAAGGUGGUGGUUAGAACAUAUGAAAUUCGAAUCAAAAUGUUUCAACUUAAAUGAUCAGAACAAAGAGUAGAUGGAACAAAGCUCUUUUUAGAGAGAUUUUUUGUUUGUUUGAGUACAUAGAUGAUUAUAUUUAGAUGGAGGACUCUCAAAUGUAUAUG